AUGGCCCGAAGUCUACAGGAGUUGAUUGAUUUCCUCCUUGGCGAGGUCGCGUUAUGCGGCAACCAGGGAGCAACAAUUUCAACUGUCCUCCAAGCAAUUGAAACUUUCUACAAUAAUGCUUCCAAGGAUGCAACCCAGCUGCGCCAGACUGUUGACCGUCCUUUCAAGGCAAAAGUUUGGACCUGGCUAACUCAACAUCCCGAGGUAUCGGUAGGCCAGGAAAACGAGUGGCAAGGCCUUUCUCUGGACGAGGCCGAAAAGUUGGACCGUGAGGACCAAGGGCCAAGGGACUCAAAUGGGCAGGAGAUAGAGACCGAGACAUCAUCUACGGUUGCACAAAUUCGAAUCUUUGUCCCUCGGGAACGGACCUGGCAUGCGGUCGCCGGCCAUGGCCCUGACGAGACCAAACUUCCCCAUUCGGAAUUUGUCUUGCUUUCAAUCAUCGCCGUCCACCGAUCAGCAGGCAUUGACCAAGUCAGGCUGGUGAAGCUGAGUGGCCAAGAUAAACGCUCCGUUCCGAAGCGAACAGAUGCCCUACAGAGAAAGGGAUACAUCGAAAAGCGUGCCGUUCAAAUCAAAUCAGCGCGCACCAGUCUAUGCACCCACAAGCGAUUCCUCAAAGAUGCAUCCGACAAUCAAGGCCACCAGAAAUCUCAGAUCGCCACCCACGACAAAAAUAUCAUUGAUUUCGAGGCUUUUACGACCAAGCUUUUCGAAAUUCUCAGGAAAGAGAAGAUCAUUUCGCGUAAUGACCUGAAGAAGCUUCUAGGCUUCCAGGACCGCUGGCGCUGGAAAAUUCUAUCUCGAGCGAUUCGCAAAUUCGAAAGAAUGGGGGUUGUUGAGCGUGUGAGAGCCGAGUCACAGUACGAAAAGCUACACCCAUGUGUUGUACUCAGGCGUGAACCCAACGCAAAAGACAUUUCCAGUUUUCAUGAAUUCAACGGGGGUGCCUUGAAUGCUGAUGUCGAUGACCAAGCUGACGACGACGAGGAUAUGGAGAUUGAUACCGUGCAGCAAACAUCUGGCGCUGACAAUGGAGAUGUGGAUAUGGACACGGGAAAGCAUCUCGUGAAGUCGGUUCCACUUAUGCCCAUAUGGACGCCGGAUCGCCAUGUCACGAAUCAAGAAAUAAACAAACUCUGCUUUGGAAGCUUCUACCGCAGGCCUUCGGAAAGCUUGCUACAUCGUCUAACUGAUUGCUGGCAGCUCUCACAGCCUCUCCACCUUCGGCACUAUGCCCUUCUCAGGGACCAGGAUAUUCAAAAAACCAUCAUCUUUUACAGAAAUUUCUCCAUCAAGAACUUUGCCGAGCGUGUCAAGACUGGUAUAACAUCCUGGGAGGCCGUGGAGUUUAACCCUGGCAGUAAGAAAAAGAACGCCCCGAAGAUCCCAGGACCCGAGGCAAAAGCUCAACUCGAUCAAUAUGGAUUCCCCCAGACAGGGCCACCAGCGGGAUUGAUGAAAGGUGGCAGAGGAGCGUUGUAUCAAGGGUUGCUUGCUGCCAACCCUAAAGACUACAAAUUGACCAACCAUGACCCCGCGGUGAUACUACUUCCAAAUGGCGAAUUCGCUAUCAGGGCCGGGAACGUAAAACCCUACUAUGGUGGGAUUGCAGGAACUCCGGGUACAACGAAGCCGCACGGUAUUCUGCAAGGCCCUUUCAAGAAGCGCGGAGCCGACGAGGUUGAUGAGGAAGUAAAUGACAUCAACCUGGAAGACACCUCCACACAGUUUAUGCAACGACCAAAAAUUUCCAAAGCAAAGUUCAAUAAACUGGCGGGUCUUUCCAAAAAAGAAAGAUUCGAGGCCAUGGGCAUGGAUAAUACUUGGACCGAAUACAAUGCCUUGUUAAUGGAUAAGCCUUCGCCUGGUGUUUAUGUUACACCGGAGGGCAAAAGAAGACCAGCAGGCAAAAGACAAGGCAGGCCGAGAAAGAGCCGGAUCGCUGUCUUCAAAUCUCCCAACAUUUCUAACAUGCCGUGGUUCGUCAAGGAAGAUUCAGACAUUGAGAAAAACACCGUGGACUCAAAGGUGGCUGGGUUACCGCAAAAUUCGGGCGGUGAUCAGCCUGUCGAUGGGAAUCAACAGAGUUCGAAACCCCACCCGCAGACUUCUAUCAAACGACCCCCGACUGGCUUCAACAAUGCCGACUCUCCUAGUCCAUCAAAAAAGCCGAGAGGCGAACCUAUAAAGUCUAAAACCGAGAAGCUUGGUGACAUUGCUGGCUCAGCAAUGUCAUCUGGGACCGAGGCCGCAAUCGAUGUGUCGGAGAUUCCAAACACUGAUGUGGAUGACAUUUCCACACAAGCUGAUGUCACGGCUAAGCAUCCGCUCAGUACUGAAGACACUCACAUAUCUCCAAAUAAACGACAGAGGAUUACGUCACCUGGGCGAGCCGAGUCUGAAAUUGCUGGUUCGGUUGCACUUGCAAGCCAUACCCCUCUCGAAGAGGAGAUAAUGGGGCCUCCAUCGGCGGCCGCCACAACGACGGCUGCAGAUACCCCCAAUUCAGAAACACGGAAAGUAAGAAAAGUGCAACCCAAAAGGGCAGAGAAAGGUGGAGGCUCUAUCAAUCUGCUCCGGAGAAAGAUCGUCAUGGACAUUGUUGAGAAGGCCGGAGGUGCAUAUCCUUCUGGGCAUGAAAUUUGGUAUCCAUUCGUGACUGAGUGGAUGAGGUUGAAAUUCAAGGAGAAGCCAGAUCUUCGAACCGUGAAGAUGGCAAUCAAGCAUUUGGUUGAUGCUGGCAAGCUUCGGCAACUCACUUUCAGCGGCAAGGAUCCUUGCGAUGUAAUGGUUACAAAGACCAUGGUCACGAAGCCUGAAAUGUCGCCCGAUGAUCCUUUCGUCAAGGAGAUGCAAAAGAAAGUCCUAGCCACGGAUCGAUCCACUCCGAAAGUAUCGUACUCUCCAAAUGUCGUCCUGGACCCUAGUAUUUCGAAGCACAGCUCGCGCGCCACUGGUCAGAAGCAGGAGCUGCGUGUUGAAGAAGGGGCGAUAGUGCAGCUGCAAAGUAAACCAGCGUUCGUUGUAAACUCGGAAAAGAGGAGGAACCGACGAGUUGAAAUGGCUCUGUACAAACGAGUGGUUGGACAUGUUGAACCUCAUUCCGACAAUGACGAUCUUGAUAUCCCCGGUACCUCUCGACUCAUGCAGAUUCAACGACCACCGGCGGCGGAAGAAUUUGCGCCAGGAUCCCAUCACCAACAAACGAUCAUUUUCAGACCUAAGAAGAUGAGCUUGGGCCAGCGACAGAAGGGAGAACGGGACACUCUGUCAAAGAGGAUUGUGAGAAAAAUCUCCGGUCCUGGCGGGUUCAGUCUGAUAAUGAGCCCGCAACAAACGUUCCAACCCAGCAGUGGCACUUUUGCUACUCAAGGUAUCGCGGGCCAAAUGCGAAGGUUACUUCCAAGAAGGCUUGCCGUCCCGGACCCUGUCCGUAAGCUUUCUCAACUUGCCAUGGCAAACCCAGAUCAACACGACUUCCACCGCACGAGUGAUAGAAUUGCCAGAUGGGAGAUCGGCCAUGAGGAACUCCUCGAUACUGUCCUUCCUGAUGAGACGUAUAUUUCGCAGACUGUUAGGAACAGUUUCUAUGGGGCUCCAAUUGACGGUCAGAUUCGCUUUGAUGUCGACGAACCCGAACUAGCACCCCUGCAGCUGCCGACGCCAAUGAGGACUAGAAAGCGUGGCAGAAGGAAGCAGAGAGAUUACAAUAACCAGGAACGACGACUCGAAAAGGUCGAUACGUCCACUCCAGCCAGCGCAAGAUUUCAGCCAACACUGCCAGCUACACCUCGACCCACCAAGCGACGUACCUUCCAACCGAUCCCCGAAGCCCUGCUUCGGAAAAUCAUGCUCGCUAUCGUUGCCGUACGUGUUUUGACAGGUGGAACGGAAGCACGACAUGUUGACUGGGAUCUGGUGGCGGCUUGUUUCCCUGGCCAUGAUGCAUCGUCCUUGAUCGACAGGGCGCGGAACGUGUUAAACCGAAACCGGUUGCAGAUCAUGAAGAUGCAAAACGAUUUCCAAGACAGGUUUUUGAAGGCAUAUGCCAAUGACCAGGUCCCCACGAUCGACUACACAGAUCUAGAUAGCUACCCCUGGCCGACCUUGAUCGAAUGGGCAAACUUCCAGCUGGAAGUUUCAACAUCCGAGCGCGCACCUUCUCUCCCCGCAACCCGUGAACAAUUCGAUGACAUUUUCGCACUCCGCGAAGAGCCCGUUCCUACGGCCGAUGAGAUUUUCACCACCACCGUGGGAAUGACUCUCAAUUACCGACGCGGGGUAUUGGCCCAGACAGCAUUUUCCGUGAUGCUAGAUGACGACAGAGAGGCCAAACACGAAAGCCACCGACAGCAAGAGCUGAAACGAGAAGAGAUUACCAAGACAUUUGUUCGAGCCAAUAUCGUCACGCCAGAAGACACCUACGACCCAGCCAAGUCCAACACAAUCCUCGAGCGAUUCGGCGAGAAACGCAUCCAGUCAGCGGUAGAGUCAUUGAUGAAAGACCGCGUUAUCGGCCAGAACAAUCGCGGCCGCGUCGCACCAGGUCGCAAUUUCGACAUCACCGACCAUCUCCUCCAACAGCUGAACCGCAGACGUAUGAUCGAAUGCGGUAUUCUCAAACAGGCGGCAGCGUUCAAGAUCUCAACACUUGACCUGAAGAUGUGGGACGAGGGUGUCGCUGAGGUCCAAUACAACGCCGAAGAUGGCCACAUCCUGGCUAUGAUCAACCUCUUCACCAACGGGCAUGUUGAACUCUUCCCGCGCGGAGCCCCGCGCGAUAAAUUCGGCCUUGUAGAUGAUGGAUAUCUCACGCGGCAAAUGGACAAGACGAAGCUCCGCUUUGCGGUUGAUGUCAAACCCACUGCGUCAUACGUCUAUGGCAAUCCUAUCGAGGAGCGUGUUACUAGCACCAAGCCCCCAGCAUUGUCUCCGCUUGAGCCUGGUAACCCGCAGAAGAUUCCGCUUUGGAUGGAUCUUAAUGGGCAUCUGGUCCAGCCGCUAUGGGAGAUGGGGCUUGCUUCGGUAAUUGGAUGCUUGGUGCUGCGGGAGGGUCUUUCGGCGAAGGGUAUAAGUAGCAUGAUUAAGCCGGCGAUGGCGCCGUGGGAGAUUGAGAUGAUGCUUGGCUGGUUGACGGAUAUCGGUGUUGUACAGGGCGAGGACGUUGGAUCGGAGAAGAGAUGGAAAGUACAGGAGUGGUGGUGGAUGGUACUUUGA